AUGGCUGCCGUCACCAGCGUCAAGAAGGGCGUCCUGUUCCUUCGCCUCGUCUAUAUCGCCAUCGCCGCCCUGCUCGAACAUCAGAAGCGCACGUGGGCCGCUGGCCGUCUUCAGAACCCUUCGACCUCCGCCAAAGAUGUCGAGAAUGAUGCCGAACCCGAGAACAUCGUCAUUGUCGGGGCCUCCUUUGCCGGCUACCACGCUGCCCGUCUCAUCGCCACCAGUCUCCCCCUCAACGGCCGCUACCGCAUUGUCAUAAUUGAGCCCAAGCACCACUACCAGUUCACUUGGACUCUGCCCCGUUUCUGCGUCGUCGAGGGCCACGAGGACAAGACGUUCAUUCCCCUGGGUCCCUACAUCCCCGCCCCGGCCAAAGAGUUCGUUCGCUGGGUCCACGGCACCGCCGCCAGCAUCAACCGCCAGACUGUCACCAUUGAGGAGACGGGCGAGACCAUUCCCUACAGCUACCUCGUCAUUGCUACCGGCGCUGGCGUCGGUCUCACGCUGCCCUCGCGCGUCGGCGCCGUUGGAAAGAAGGAGGGCGCGCAGCUCCUGCGUGACAUGCAACAGCGCAUCAAGGCUUCCAAGAACCUUGUCGUCGUCGGAGGUGGCGCCGCCGGUGUCGAGCUCGCUACCGACGCGAAGCAGCUCUACCCCGAAAAGAAGGUCACGCUUGUGCACUCGCGCAGUGCCGUCAUGCAUCGUUUCGGCCCCGAGCUGCAGAUCGCAUCGCUCAAGGCCAUGCAGGAGAUGGGCAUCGACGUCUUGCUGGAGGAGCGGACUGAGAGCGAGGAUGUCAGUUCCGGGUUCGUGACGCUUCGUUCCGGAAAGAAAGUCGCGUGCGACUUCUGUGUCAGCGCCGUCGGCCAGAAGCCUUCGUCGGGUCUGCUCAAGGACCUGGCCCCCAACGCCAUCACCCCCUCCGGCCACAUCCGCGUCAAGCCGACAAUGCAGAUUGACGACGACGCCCUCCCCAACAUUUACGCCUGCGGUGACGUUAUUGAGUUUGGCGUCAAGAACGCCAACGCCCGCGCAGCCAUGAAGCAGGCCAUGUAUGCAGCAGACAACGUGACGCUCGCCCUCCGCGGCCAGCCGCCCAAGCACAAGUACAAGGUCAACUUUAUGGAUGGCGUCAUUAAGCUGACCCUCGGUCUCGACAAAUCUAUCACACAUUUUGGCGACGGCAAGACCGAGCUUCUUUUCCACAAGCAGGAGACUGAUGAGACCCUCAUGGUGGCCGAUGUUUGGCGAUUUAUGGGCGCCACACCGUACGAGGACGACGAUGACAAGAGCAAGCCCGCGGGGGCCGAGUCGACAGCCGACAAGACGAGAGAGAUCACGAAUGACCUCCCUUAG